AUGGCAGAUAAAAAGUUUCUAAGACGUCAAAAGAUCCCUAUGGCAGAAAUAGAAAAGGAAUGUGAUCGAUACGCAACAUUUUCAAAGCGUCGAUCAGGUUUAUACAAAAAGGCUAGAGCAUUGAUUGGGCUAUAUGACGAUGUUGAUAUAGGAAUAAUAAUGUUUUCUCCCACCGGUAAGCCUUACUCUUUUUUUCACCCUACAGUUGAUGCCAGUGUCGUUCGUCUUUUAAAUCCAAAUACGCUGCCAAGUGAAAGUAAUCAUCUUGCUGCUGAAAACUCCCGGAACAGAGUGAAGGAACUAAAAGUUAAACUUGACGAAUAUGAUAUCACAAAAAAUGAUGAGACUGACGAGAUAAAUUGGUGGGACUCCAUCAAAGAAUUUGAUGCAGAUGAGGUGAAAACACAUCAGAUUUGGUUUAAGUCCAUUGAUGAAGGUUUCAAAAAUUGUUUGAUGCAGUUGGAAAACGGUGCUUCUCCCUCUACACAAGCCCCUCCAGAGGAUCCUAAUUUAGCAGGCAGUGAUUUCUAA